AUGAAUAAAUAUUGUCAUUUUCAUCGAGAUCAUGGCCACGAUACGGAGGAAUGUCACCAGUUAAAAGAAGAAAUUCAAGAGCUCAUUAGCCAGAGUUUCCUCAGGAGUUUUGUAGCCAGGGAGGCGGAUCCCCGAAAGGAUCAAGAGCGACGUACGCGAAGUCCUCCUCCUAGGCAGGACAAAGCAAAUGGUCAAGAUCAUGUUCGGAAUUCACCCCGUAGGGAGAUACCACCUCAAAUGGAAGAAGAUCGCCCACAGCCCCCAGUUUUCCAUACUCUCACAGCAAGGGAGGUUCCUGGCACAAAAACUGGGGAGGAUUUGACGGAGACUCGAACCUCGAGGGUAAAGAGGUCGAGAAAAGAGGAAACGGUCUCCUUCUCAGACAAUGAUCUGCCUAGGUAUCCUAGUCGUAACGACCCCCUAGUAAUCACGUCCAAGCUUCGAAGGUGGGAGCUUCGACGGAUUUUAGUGGAUCCAGGGAGCUCUUAUACCGAGAGGCCUUCUUGGGCAUGGGUAUCAGAUGGAGCAGUUGAGAUUAGCUUGUGUCCCUUUAAUGGGAUUUAA